AGGAAAAAAAACAAGAGGCUCUCCCUCUCCCUUUGCUUAGCCAAUCCUUCUACCUACUAUCUCACCCUUUAUAACUACUUUUCUUGGGAGAGAAGACACAAAAAGAGAGAGAGCAUUUUGGGUUAGGAGGAGGAGAUUAGUGUGGAAACAUGAAAGGAAGAGGGAAGCUGUUCAUGGUUCUGGUGGUUGUAUUGUUAGUUGCCAUUGGAGGAGGCCAAUGGGUUGGUGCCCAACUCCACCAUGUCGUCGGCGGUGAUCGUGGCUGGGAUCCUUCUUCCGACGUCCUUUCUUGGUCCUCCGGCCGCAUCUUCAGCGUCGGCGACAAAAUCUGGUUCGCCUACUCAGCAGCACAGGAGAACAUCGUGGAGCUCAAAAGCAAGGAGGAGUACGAGGCGUGCGAUGUCAGCAACCCCAUCAAGAUGUACACGGACGGCUUAGAUAGCGUCUCACUCGAGAAGGAAGGGAUUCGGUACUUCGCGAGUGGAAAGCCAGAGAGUUGCAAGAGCGGCUUGAAGUUGCACGUGGAUGUACAACCACAUCAGCCAAAACAAGAUCAUCAAAUUGUAAUUACAUCAGAGGGCUCUGCUGUAGCCACCGCAGAUGGGCCCACAACCCCUUCUGGAUCAACCCAUAUCAGUGCCAAUGGACUCUCAGUCUCCCGUCUACUAGCAGUUGGUGCUUUGCUUUGUUUUGCUAUGUAGGUCUCUAGUAUUGGCAACUGGUUAUGUAUGUUUCUAAUAUAUAUAUAUAUAUAUAUAUAUAUAUUUUAAGUAUGAAAACAUUUUUAUAUAUCAUGACUCGAACCCAUGAUUUGGUGAGUAGGAUUGGAAUGUUAGUUGCUUGUUUUUGUUAGGUGAUGUGUAUGCUUGUAUUGCACCAUGGCUAAGUAGGUUUUUAUUUUUGGUGCCUAACAAGUAGAGGAACCUUGAAUGGUGGUUUGUAUCUUGCUAAACAUAA